CGACACGACAACAUAGCAUUGGCAUAACGUAUCACGGUUGUUCACCUGCGAGCAUUGCUUCUAUAUGCAUUAAACGACAUAUUUACUGUGAUGUCGACCGACGACACGCUGCCAUGGACGACUUCACGAUGCAAUCGCCUGCUACGCCCGCUCUCAUCCAAACUCGCGAAGCUGCGCAAAGAGCUUGAGCGACCACGUACUGUCAGCGCCGAAUCGCGCAAUGCCUCCUCUGCCUUUGCGAUCAAAGGCUCUCCGCAGAAGACGACCAACUUCACCCGCCCAGCGAAUAAGCCCCGAGGCUUCGAGAAGGCUAGAGAUCCAGACUGGCGGCCCGGCGCGAAGGCAGGGACGGGCAAGAAGACAACGUACGGUGGCCGUGGCCGAGGGAGAGCACCGGCUCUGCAGAGGAAUGGUUCUGGCACGGGCAGGGACGUUGUCUCUCGGCCAGGUGAGAUCGCAUUCACGCCUCUGAUUUCGAGAAUGGGCGGACAGUUGCACAGCAGCCCACAGAUCCCGAUCUCGCCGCUGCGCAAGUACUCCAAGAUUAAGGGCCCUCUUCUAGCUCCGAUAUAUCCGCCAGCGAUACAUGUCCCUGGCGAGAUCCGCAAGCUCACGCAGGGACUAUCUGAAGCCUUCGCGAACAUCCUACAAUCAACCACAACGGGCGGUGAAGCCAGAUGGAAGGGCACAAGGUCGCUCAUGGGUGCUUGCUUGAGAAGGCUGCCGGCCUACAUCGAACUCGAAGAGCAUUUCGCCAAGUUGGACAAGCUGGAAGAAGAUGGAGAGGAGGAGGGUAGGGACGUUGCCAAUGAGAUCUACGAACACCUCGAGACACAGUUCGAGCAAGAACAUGGCCGAGGUUGGCGGCCCUUCAAAAGCGUUGUCCGAGCGCAUGCCACAACAUUGGUAUGCGAUGCUAUAACAGAUGAGGUUCUUGGUCUGGACAACGUAGUGCUUCUUGUCACGCACUGUUUAAACUCCUCUGCUUGGGAUGAAGCUGAGAGGUUGCUUCUAGCAUAUGCACCGCUCCUGGAGUCUGUGUCUAUACCCAUCAACACGCGAGCGGACUUGUUCGACCCUCAAAAGUCGCCUUAUCUGUAUUCCGUGAAGAGUUUUGUCCACCACACAGGACGUUAUCGCUUGCUCUACGAUCUGCUAGAACACAUGGUCGCCUUCGAAAUUCUGCCUCUUGAAUGGCUCGCGACCGACACCAUGCGCCCGGUCUGGGACCGACUUGUUCGAACGAUUACCGUGAACGACCGUCGGACACUUGCAAGCGCUUACCGGUUUUUCGAAACGGUCACCUUGGUAAGUAUGGGAUUACCAGAUGCACGACUGUUAGAAGAUGAAAUUACUGGACCUGUGUCAAGACGAUUCGUACCAUCGUCUCGAGAGGAACUUCGACGCGCGCUGGACACUACGUUCUCCAGCCUACUCACUGUCUUGUGCAGCAUUGCUUUGGUCAACAGUAGUCGCGAAGACCCUGCAGGGAAAGAGAUCGUACAGAGAGUCACAUCGGUGCUAGAUACUGUUGUCAUCGCUUUAUCUGCCCGUGAAGACAUCAGGGAUGAGCUGAAGCUUCUUGGACCGGAGUCGGAUGAUGUUCAACUCAUGGCUCAACGCGCUAUCUGGAUCAUAUUUGCAUCGUAUCUGGUGCAUCUCGGAGGGCCUGAGAACCUGGGCAAGACAUCACUCGAUCCCUCCACCUCUAUUGAACUUGUCAAUUGGGUAGUAACCCAAUAUUCAUCAAACAUUGUCAACCUCGCAUCAAUAUUUUCAACUAUUCCAGCUUUAAUCUCUUCGACCGCACGCGGUACGGGGCGCAUUUGGAAGGACGAUGGUUUCAAUCAACUACAGCGACUCGUCACAGCGCUAACCUCGAGUUCCGGUUGUAGACUACCACACAAGCUAUGGACAUUGAAGCGGCUCGCACUGGAGUCAGCCAGAGACUUUGCCCAUGGCACUGGCGAUGCUGAGCAUAUGGCCUACGUUCGUGACAUUGAGAAGAUGAUGCAUACGCAAGGCCGUCUGGUCAUUAUGCAUUCGCCACAGAAGAAUGAGUCGCCCACGGUCGGUGGCGGCUUCAGAUGGGAGGAGGGCAUUGGCGAAUGGGUCACCUGCACACCAUUCGCAAGGCAGAACAUCAAGCGCCAGAUAGAAGAGCCAGUUCGAGCAUUGGAGCUCUUGCCAACUCCAGCACAGUCUGAAGACGAGAAGACAGAAGCAUCUGAUAUUGAAGAUGGACUCCCUAAUGGCAUACCAGAUACACCAGUGUGGGAAGUCACGGCUCUCGACUACGACGACAACCGAAUACCACAAUCGUCGCCUAUCAAAAAGAGACCGCGGGUUUCCACAUCUUCACUCGGAAAACGCAUUCGCGCACCAUCGCCAAAGGUCGUCAUACCCACGAAGCGAAUGCAUUUAACACCACCCGGUACCCCACCAUUCAAGUACUACUCUGAACUUCCUAAAGAGAAGCACGUCGGUCCCAGACGAUCUCGACGCCCGAAACAAGAGUCCUAUCCAUCUACCUCUCGAUCUCGCACACAACGUUCCAGAACAUCACUUGAAAGCGGACUGCGCAAUCUCAGAAGACCUGUCUAUGCGGAGCCAGCGCUUGGGGUCAGCGAUAGUGACACAAAAGCGUCCAGUUCCUCGCGGGAUGAUUCAGAGGAUUCACCAGUGUCGGUGGAGAGUGUGCUCACCAAGACUGCCCAAACAAACACUCGCCCAUCGGAGCGCACGCGCACACGUCGUUCUCUCCCGACCGUUCUUGCCGGCUACGACGACGGCGACGCAUCUGAGCGCGACGAACUCGGUAGGACACCCGCUCGACCUCGUCUUCCUCUCCGCAAACGAACAAGCGCUCGCCAGUCCAUCCAAGCAUGCACACAGUGGAUGAAGUCACGUCAAGGCAUGGUAGUGGACAGCGAUGAUGACAGUCAAGACGAGCUGAGUUUCUGUUAGGCGCAGAUUAUGCAUCCGUUGCACAGCUUAGACGUAUGUUUGCGUUCAGACAGAGUUUGUCAGGACCUUUUGCUUAGUCGGUGUUGAAUCACCAUCGUUUUUUGUAUUGAUACCCCAGAAUCUUUAUGUUACGUUGUUUGGAUAACAAAAAUACACAUACAUGUCAUCG